AUGGCAACAAAAAUCAUCUACUUCACAGUGAAUGGGAGACCGGAGCAGGCUGAGUUCCCAGUGGAUUGUCCUGCACAGGAUCUCAAAGAUCUAUUCCGCUCUGCGGCCGAGGCGGGACCCCAUGACAUCCUGAAGCUGUACAACCCCAAAGGCAACAUCAUCAACAUCUCCCCGAGUCUAGAACCCAACAGCCCAAAAUCCUGCUACAAGCUGGAGGUGGUGGCCGCUGACUGCAACAGUGUGGAGCUUGCUGGUGCACUAGGAUUUGACCUGUCAUCCAUGGAGAAAAGACUGCAGAAACUGGAGAAGAAAAUCUUGAUGGAGGCCGGUGAGACUCCUGCAGUUGUGUAUGAGAUGAAGAAACAGGUCGAUUCAUUCCGGGAGAAACUCGAGAGCGUGGAGCAUCUGAGCUGGCUGGGACUGUUUAAAGACCUGUCAGAGGGAACACACAAGCCCUCCCCAUUCUACCACAAGAGAACCCUGCAUAAAACUAGGAAGGAGUGUGAGCAUGUACGGGAAAAGUUUCUUCAAAUGAGCUCCCUGGAGGUAUCAGACGAAGUGAGGCAGUACUUAAAGACCCCAACCUUUGAUAACUGGCAGUGGGAGGACGCAGAGAUCAUGGUGCUUCUGCAGGUCAUGUACACAGAUUUAGAUUUCAUAGCGACCUUCAACAUCGAGCCUGAAGUACUACAGCAGUUCCUGUUUGAAGUCUACCGAAGAUACAACAACAUCCCCUUCCACAACUUCAAACACUGCUUCUGUGUUACCCAGAUGAUGUAUGGUUUGAUCUGGCUGACUGACCUCAGGAGUAAGAUGGACAGCGUUGACCUGCUGAUCAUGCUCACCUCUGCAGUCUGCCACGACCUCGACCACACGGGAUACAACAACGCCUAUCAGAUAAAUGCUCGGACUGAACUCGCUCUCCGCUACAAUGACAUCUCUCCGCUGGAGAACCACCACUGCGCCGUAUCUUUUGAGAUACUGGAGAAGACAGAGAGCAACAUCUUCAGAAAUCUGCCCAUGGAUCAAUACAAACGGAUACGAGAAGGGAUCAUCAAAUGCAUUCUGGCCACCGACAUGACAAGACACAGCGAGAUCCUCAACAAGUUCAAGUCCAUCCUGCCGGCUUUUGACUUCACCAACAAGGACCACAGAGAUGUGCUGAUGAUGAUUCUGAUCAAAGUGAGCGACAUAUCCAACGAGGCGCGGCCCAUGGAGGUGGCGGAGCCCUGGCUGGACUGCCUUCUGCAGGAGUUCUACAACCAGAGUGAUGUCGAGAAGUUAGAGGGUCUUCCAGUCACCCCCUUCAUGGACCGGGACAAAGUAACCAAGCCUUCAUCUCAAACAGGCUUCAUCAGAUUUGUGCUUUUGCCCCUCUUCAUCGAGCUGGCCAACCUCUUCCCCUGCUUAGAGCAACACAUUAUCAACCCCGUACGAAAGGCUCUGGAUUACUACACAGAGAUGGAGAAAGCACUCGAGAGGGAGAAACAGAGCCGGGCUCAGAGCGAGAACGCAGCCAAGAGUAAAGAGAGCACAGCUGACAGCCACACAGAUGCUGGACCUGAAGCCUCCAAACCAGACGCACAGUGA